AUGGCGGAAGUAUCAGCCUUUCCACUGCCGCGGAGAAAGAAGCCAGUGACUUAUGGCAAAGCAUCACGCACCACAAACACCUGGAGCCUUGAUUCGCUCAAGGACGAUGAUACACAUGCGCCCACGCCGAAGCCACUGGCACGGAAGGAUACAAAGGUGAAAGAGACAUACACCGUGUCGAAGGUCGAGACGAAGACGCACACGCUCAAGCCGAUCAAACGCCGAGAGCAGAAGAGAGAUGCAUUCGAUGUGCCAUCGUCUGAUGACGAGGAAGAUGUGGAACCUGUUCGACGCAGUCAUGCACCCAAGCUCAUGCCAGGCCGGCGUCAUAUGAUAGAGCCGGUGCCAAAAGCGAAAGAAGAGCCGCUUGCGCCAUGGGAGAGGAAAAGAGCCGGGCAAUCACAGUCUGAGAAAGAGGAACGAGCACGAAGAAGGAAACAUUUUCCAGCAACGUCAGAUGCACAGCUCAUGUCGGAGCUCACGCAUGCACUGGAGCAGGAUCAAGAUAAGAGCAACGUGACAAGUCCACCAAAAGAGCGCUCAAUCGAGCCGAUGCAGCUAGACGCCAUGUCGCCUGCAAAGGUACCAAGCCCAGGCAAUGGAAGUGCUGCGGCGAGGCUACGGGCGAGGAAGCAGCUCAACGGUAAAACGAUUGCAUCGAAAGGAGAUCAGACCCCAACGCAAAAACGUCCAGGGCAAGAUGCGGACGCUGCGACCGCUUCCCCUCGAAAGAAGUUGAAAGCCGAACAAUCGCCCCUGACCGGUCAUUCCGACGUUGUCAUGGACGAUGCAACAGGCAAGCCGGCAUGUGAGCAUCCACAGGUCGUAAUACAUCCUUCUACCGAUAGCAUGGAUGUGUACGACCUGCCAGAUUCAAGUGCUGACGAGUCUAUCAAGAGCACACCGAAGGUGGCAACUCCCAAGCUUGGUGGAAACUCUCGACGGGGAAAGCUCACGACCUAUUCAAGAUCAUCCCCACGCAAAAUGGAUUCGGCUCCUGCCCGCCUGAGUGACAUGGUUGGUCCAGAGUCUACGGAUGCUACAUCGCCCUCUGCUGCGAAUAGCCCAACCGAAACUCCGCCAAGAUCUGCUGCUAGCCGCGUGGCCACGCCCGAGACUGCAUUCAAGGAUGCAGGGACGAUGACGCCGAAACAAGCUCGACUUUGGGAUCAGUUGCUGGACAGUGACAACUCUGCAGCGACCCCCAAUGUCCUUGCUAUUCGGGACCUGACGUUGAACACAAGACGAGUGGUGAAGACAAUAAAUGCGGAAUCGCGGUCGUUUGUUAAAUCCAGCUCUGAUGUAGGCCCGCGGCGUCGAUCCAAAUUGGUGGAUCGGUUGAAAGCUUCGGCGCCUUCGACGGACGCUGAAUCUAGCGACGACAGUGAUGACGAUACUACGAACUCCGAUGUCGAGAUGGAGGACGAUAAUGCCCCAACGCCAGUCGAAACGGAAGCUGCGCAGCUCUCGCAGUCCCAAAGCCAAAGUCAAAGCCAAAGCACUCGUGGGCCGAAGGUGACCUACGCUAGUAGGUCUAGAUCGCACCUACCAGAGGAUAGUCUUGAAGAUGGGCUCAUGUUCAGCCUGAGCUCAGAGACGCCUCAGCGUAAAGGCCCGACCUCGCGCGACGUCUCGAACAAAGGCAACCCAGCGUCCCAGAAGUCAGCUUUCGACCUAGACGACAGUGGAGAUGAGGCUCAGUCCGGCCGGGUACAGAACAUUCAUGAGUUGCGAGCUUCCGGUAUAAAUAUACGCUUCGCGAGUGAUAUGGACGCUCUAUUGCAAGAUAUUUGUGAUCACAACGCAUCUGCCCGCAGCAGAAGGAGGACCGCGUUGGUGGAUCUUGCCAACAAACUUGCAGACAAUGCGUUCGCCGAAAAGUUCUUGCGCCAGGGCUACGAACAGAACCUCGUUGCUGAGAUGGACACUGCGCGUGACGGGAUCGCAGACCUUGCAAUGGCGUCUGCCUUUGCGACGAUGUUGGCUCAUGAAGUUCCUGAGCACGUAGCUCCCUCACUUCGCGAUAGCGGCCUGGUAUCGUGGCUGGAUGAACUGCUCCAGGUGCGGGUCGACGCAACGAAAUUGGCCAAGGAUCGAAGAUACAACAUGUCGAAAUCGGCACAAAGAUCGUUUGUCGACUUCGCAACAACACUCAAGAGCCGAGAACUCGUUUGGGGCGAGACGACACCUACCCUCAUCAGUCCACGCAUUAUCGCACUCAAGAUCCUCGACAAUCUCGUUGGCCGACUGCGACGCUCUGGUGAUCGGAGCGAGAUUGUGAAGAUCAACGACCUUCGCCACAUUGUCCCACAAGAGGAUGAAGUUGGUGGGGACUCCGACCCAUCUAUCGACGUGACACUGGCUAUAUCAACUCUCGAAGCACUUUCUACGACUGCCUUGUCUUUGGCCUGGCCUAGUGAAAUUGUUGACAGAUUGAGGACCGUACUCGUUCAUUCGACGAGCAAGAACAGCGACUCGCAGCAGUUGCUUUUCUUGAACUUACGACUCUGCCUGAACCUCACAAACGAAAACGCGAAGAACUGCAAAGUAUUGGCAAAACCACCCACCGUGGCCUUCCUCCUCCGCGCGGUGAACGAGUGCUUCGCCAAACUCCACGCUGACGUCGAUGACGAGCCACGAGUGCCCAACCUGGACCUGCUGGUCCUGUCGAUGGGCAUCCUGAUCAACCUGACCGAACACAACGACGACGCGCGCCAACAGGCAACGACAACAGACGCACGCGCACUGCUCAGCUCACUUGUCGACGUGUUCCACGCCGGGCAGCAACGGCUCAUCGAGGCGGAAUCGGUCGAGCAGAGUGUCACCAACGUCGCUUACGGGUAUCUCGCCGUGGUACUCGCGAAUCUCUGCAGGAACGGGGAGGCCAAAGCUCUCGUUGCUUCCAAGCUCCCCGGCCACGAUCUCACGGCGCUGGUGGACGGGUUGGCGGAGUUUGUGUUGCAGCAUCAGACGGUCGAUACCACGCUCGAGCGCGAGGAGGGGAUGGAGGUGUGGAGGGCGUUUACGGAGAAGCUCAAGGAGGUGUUGAGGAUGUUGAAGGUCGAGGCUGGGAUGGUUUGA